AUCGUGCUCUGCGCUGUAGCACAGUUCCCAAAUUGAUGACGUGGUGGUGCCGUUCGCCUACCGGAUGAGACAGAAUGGCAGACCAGAGCAGGCAGAACAAACUCGCCGCGGCCAAAAAAAAGCUGAAGGAGUUCCAGCAGAAGAGCGCCCCACCUUCCGGGGGCUCGAGCGUGAAGAAGAAGAGGAAAACGAAGGAGGCCGGUCAACUGGACACCCCCCAGGGAGACAGGCACUCCCCAGAUAAUAUACAGAGCAUUCUGAAAGUUCUGGUGUCUGAUCUUAGUGUGACUAACGGAGUGGCUCUCCCUCCGUUUGUUAACAGCCAGCAGGCUGUGAUUGAUGGUGAGGCCAGGGCGUCUCCGGGUGCCCAGGCUGAGGAUGACCAACAUGGAGAGCCCAUGAGGGGCUCGCCAGUGCCUAACCCCGCUAGCGCUAUUAACCCCGAGUCUCGCAGCGAGAGCUCUGCCGCGCAGAGCUCGAGCCCUGACGCAAACUGCAAUGAAAACUCCCAGGAAGAAAACCGACCGCUGUCCUCCACGGAAAGCUUGCGCCAGCUGUCCCAGCAACUCAACGGCCUGCUAUCUGAGUCGCCAUCAUCGUACGUGAACGGGGACAGUGCAGCAUCACCGCCCAGUGAAAAAGAGCUGGAGAGCCGGAACCAGGAGCUGUCGGCUGCCCUGGACUCCAGCAAGCUCACAAACACCCAGCUGAGCACGCAGCUAGACCAGCUGACGCACCAGUCCCAGCAGCUGUCUGAGCAGCUACAGAAGGAGCGGAAGGAGUUUGAGCAGAAGUGUAUGAAGGAACAAGGAGCCAUGAGAGAGCAGUUACAGGUGCACAUCCAGACCAUCGGGAUUCUGGUGUCGGAGAAAUCGGAGCUGCAGACGGCUCUAGCCUACACACAGCAGGCGGCCCGGCAGAAGACCGGGGAAGCGGAGGAGCUGAAUAACCGCUUCCAGGCCGCCAAGCAGAGGGUCUCAGAGCUGGAGAGGACUCUGUCCUCCGUGUCCACCCAGCAGAAGCAGUUUGAGAAGCAUAAUAAGGAGCUGGAGAAGGAGAGGGACAGCCUGAAGCUGGAUGUGUACAGACUGAAUAAGGGGAGUGAGGAGAUGAAGCAGCAGGGCUCUGAGCUGGCGGAGCAGCUGAAGCUGAGAGUGAGUGAGAACAGUGCCAUGAGCUACGAGCUGGACGACCUCCGCAAGAGGCUGGAGAUGGCAGACCUGAUGAUCCAGCAGUUCUCCAGCCAAUCAGGGCCUCCCAGCAGCAACCAGCAAGCACAGCUCCUCCUGGAGGAGAAACUACAACUGGAGGCGCACACAGCACAGUUGAUGGAGUCGGUGGCACAGCUGCAGGUGGAGAGAGACCAGUACGCUGUGCAGAUCCAGGAGGAGGGUCGCGUGUGGAAGGAGAAGACGGAGCAGCUGCUGACUCAGGUGACGUCCGUGUCGGAAGAGAGGGACUCCUGCACCGUCCGCAUACAGGAGCUGGAGUCUCACAUCUCAGAGCUGAAGAGCGCUGCAGCCCUGCUGGCCCAGGAAGCGGAGGCCCUGGCCCCGGCCCCGCCCACGGGCCCCUCGGAGGCGGAGCUGGGUCUGCAGCAGGCCCUGAGCGACCUGCAGCAGGAGAGGGACAGCCUCAGCGCCCAAUACCAGGCCCAGGUGCGGGACAACGAGCAGCUGAGCCGGCUGGUGCAGGAGCAGGAGGCGCGGCUGCUGGAGCUGCAGCAGGAGGCGCACAGGGGCGCGGAGGAGGCGCAGGACCGCCACCAGCUCCUGGAGGACGCGCAGAGCGACAAGGCCACCAUCAGCCGCGCCCUCGCCCAGAACCGCCAGCUCAAGGAGCAGCUCGCCGAGCUGCAGAACGGCUUCGUCAAACUGACCAAUGAGAACAUGGAGCUUACGAGUGGACUGCAGUCAGAGCAGCACGUGAAGAAGGAGCUGGCCCGAAAGAUGGGCCAACUGCAGGAGGACCUGCACAACAUCAAAGAACAGCUGGAGCAGAAGGUGGAGGAGGUCCACUCGGUGCAGGAGCAGCGUGACCAGUACCUGGCCCACCUGCAGCAGUACACCGGCGGGUACCAGCAGCUGGUCUCGGAGCGCGAGGAGCUGCACCGGCACUUCCUGCAGCAGACGCAGCUGAUGGACCGGCUGCAGCACGACGAGGUGCAGGGGAAGGUGCAGCUGGAGCAGAGCCAGCUGCAGCUGGAGCAGGCGCAGGCGAAGCUGAACCAGCUGGCCAAAGAUAACGAGGAGCUGAAGACUGAGGUGCAGGAGCUCCUGAACAGCUCAGCACUGGGCACGCCGUCCAGAGACCAGGGAGACGGCCUGGAGGAGAAGUCUAUGGAAGAGAGUUUCCCCACGUCCAACGGUCUGUCCAUCCCAGAGGACUUCGACAGCAGGGAACAGAUGGAGGAGGUCCUGCACUCGGCCCUGAGCCACCUGGAGCAGGAGAGGGACGAGGUGAGCCGACAGCUGGAGGAGGAGCGCAGGCUGCACCAGGCCUCCCUCCAGCAGGUGGCGCUGUUGAGUCCGGAGCACCAGCACCACAGCACCUGCACAGACACAGGCCCCCCGGGCUCGGACAGCGUGCCGGCGGAGGUGCACGAGGCCCUGCGGGUUGCCAUGGAGAAGCUGCAGCAGCGCUUCACGACGCUGAUGCAGGAGAAGGCCGACCUGCGGGAGCGCGUGGAGGAGCUGGAGCACCGCUGCAUCCAGCUGUCCGGGGAGACCGACACCAUCGGAGAGUACAUCGCUCUGUACCAGAACCAGAGAGCCAUCAUGAAACAGCGGCACUUGGAGAAGGAGGAGUACAUCAGCAUGCUGGCCAAAGACAAGGAGGAGAUGAAGGUGAAACUGGCGGAGCUGCAGGACCUGGUCAUGCGGUUGGUGGGCGAACGGAACGAGUGGUACAGCAAGUACGUCAGUUCGGUCAACAACCCCGACCUGCUGGCCGCCAGCGUGGAGUCUGCCCUGCCUGCUCAGAGACGCAUGGAGCUCAACGCCGUCGACGGCCCAGAGUCGAUGGAGGUGGGCUCAGAGCUGGGGGCCAUGGGCCCGGCGGUGGUGGGGGGCUCGGAUGUGGAGCCCGAGCUGCAGGAGGAGUGCGAGGCCGGGCUGGAGAGCCUGGGGGUGGUGCAGCGGUCCCCUGUGGAGGAUGGGACGGCCCGGCAGAUCAUGCAGCUGCUGCAGGAGAUCCAGAACCCCCAGUCCCGCCCCGCCUCCUUCCUGGGGGAGAGCCCCUGCAUCCCCUUCUUCUACCGGCCCGACGAGCACGACGAAGUCAAGAUCCUGGUGGUCUGAGACCCCCCUGUCCCGUCCUGCCCCCUCCCUGUCCCGUCCUGCCCCCUCCCCACGCACCCCUCCCUCUGGCUGCAGAGCGCUGACCUGGCUCUCCAUCCAGGUCUUUUCGGGAGGAGACCGUGUGUGUGUGUGUGUGUGUGUCAGAGAGAUUCUGGAGUGUGUGUGUCCGUGUGUGCGUGUGUACACGUUUCGGUCUCCAAGUCAAACGCAGUGAGCGGCUGAAACAGCCGCACCUCCUCCCCCUCACAGACAUCCAAAGCCCGUUGGAGGGUUUCCUGUGUCACCUCCAGCCAUCGUGAAAGUGAAGAAACAGACAGAGUCUGGACAAACCGUCCUGUACACAGGGUGGGGGACAGAUGGAUACACCACCUUGCCCCUUCCCAAACAUCCCCCACCUCUGCUAUGUGAAGGAGCUCUGCUGACCUGUCUACACCUGGUGGUUUGGUGGGGGUGGGGGGGGAGAGCAGGCUGUGAGUGGGGCCUGAGAAUCACCCCAAGGGGGCAUCUCAUGUUGACCUGGCCACCCGGCCCCCCUCCGUAAAUGACCUGCGUUUAAGCUCCUUUAAGAUGUCCUCUUUUUUAUUUUAUUUUUACUUUCAUGCACUUGCUUUAAACGUAACGAAUACGUUCAGUACAUGAAACGCUAACAAUUGCGUAUACUAGGUUAUAUUAUACUAACCAGAAAAACAGUCUCUCCUACGAGCAACAGCUGGCAAAUAUCUACUUUGAAGUUUUUUUUCUUUGCAGUAAGGUUGUUUUAGCUAGGAGAGUUCAGGCCAGUUUACAGUCAAGCAAACAAAUGUCGCUGCAACCGCUGACACACUAUGGAUGUUGCUGGUCACGGCGACCUUUGGUUUAUGCUCUGAGCAACUGGAGUGCGUUCAUAGUUUUCCAUAAGGACUCACAGUCUACGUCAGGUGAACGCGCUGCGAUUUCAGUCGCUAGACUAUAAACUGGCCUUUGCUCCUAGACUGGGUUUUGACUGGAAGAAGGGCCACUGAGUUGGCACACAGGGCUGGUGUCUUAUGGGAAGGCCGCAGGAACAGGAAGUGAGUCAGAGAUGUGCGACAGGUUUGAAAAGCCGGAGUUCGGCCCCGGUAUGGGGUUAGGGUUAUGUGACUGUUCCAGAAGGUCGUGGGAUUCUAGCGGAUAUGGUGGUGCAGUUGUCGAACAGCCCGGGGCUGGUCUGCCAGCGCCCCCACUGUUUACGUGCAAUAUCGUUUCAGGGUUCGGUUUGCCAGUACAUUUUUAUCUGUUUCUGCAUCUCUCGCUUAUCCCUUGAAGUGAUUUAUUAUAUGCCAGUACCCGAGAUUCCACGUAGUCAUACACAUGGGAUAAUUACCAUAGAUCUAGAGUGGUGUGGGUUUCUAUCGUUUUCUCUUGGUUCGCGUAGAAACUAUCCUGGUUCAAAAACGGCGUCAUGAAUGUAUGGUCGAUGAAAUUUCCCACCACUUACUGAGCAGCUUUUGUGGAUGACCGAGAAAUGCAAUAGAAUUUCCCCUUUUUUUGGCCCUAUUACCGUAUAUUCACCCCUUCUGUGAAAUAUGUACGUCCAUUCUGGUGGUGUGUCUUUCUAUGGUGGGGAGUACUCCUGCGUUUAUCCCCAUUCUAGUGGUGUGUGCGGUUCUAUGGUGGGGAGUAGUCGUGCAUACUCCCAUUCUGGUGGUGUGUGUUUCUAUGGUGAGGAGUACUCUGGUGGUGUGUGUUUCUAUGGUGUGCAAUGCUUCAGACCUGAGCGUCCUUUAGGGCAGGAAGUGCUUCCUGCUUCCUUAGAGAAGACGUGGAGAAGGGAGGGGGCAAGUGAAAAUGUGUGCAUGCUCGCUCGUGUGUGUGUGUCUGUGUCACACGACCUUGUUGCGCUGUAAAUAUGAACACUGAUCACAUUCAUCAGAUUCCGUUGAUUCGUUUUGGCUGCGCUGUGGAAGGAGACGCGAAAGCAGUCGUCAGGGUCCCGGAGGAGAGGUUUAAUGAUUGGUUCCUCAGUUUGGGCCUGUGUGAAAAUAGAAUGGGUGUGCGCUUUUUUUGGCAAUCGGAUAAAACGUCCGAGAUUGGCAAUGUAAAAAAUUAACGUAGAAAAUUAAAAUUAAAAUUAAAAACCAAGGAACGAGAAAAGUUAUGCUUCACUGAACUUGUUAGCCUGUUGAGGAUUGUGGUGUGCGGUUUUAAACCUGGCCCUGCCUACCGUAGCUGCGUUAGCUGUUAGCACUUUGCUGAGUGACUAUGUAUCCUCUGCAAGAGGUCUGUCAGGCCAGCCAGCGUCCGGGUGUGAAGGAUCGGACUGCUGAAGGCUGCUUGAGCUUUAUUUGGGUUUGUGUUUGAUGGUCUUCAGAAACAGAGUGAAGUUCUCACAGUUCAGGUGGUCACAGUUCUGCAUAACUGCACUAAGAACCCAGAAACUUCCAAAAAUAUGGAACACGGGCUGGUGUAAAAAGAGUUUUACUCCGCUAACUCUGCAGUCCUGUUUUGUGAAACAGGCCCCUCUUUCUUGGGUCUCAAUUGGCUGCUGAUUUUGGGAUUGAAACUCAGAGCAGUAGACAGUCGCUCUGGGGGCCCCUGUGUUGUUCAGUGUGUGUGUGUGGCCCUCUCUGGGGCCAGGGGACCCCUGAUGUAGGUACUGAGAUGAGUAGGACAGUGUGAGUAUGUGGUGACUGUACCUGUGUGUCCCCCCUCUCCCUCCUGGGUUCCACACAUUGUUUUUGUUUUUGUUUUGGGGAGGGGGGCGGUGAUGGUGGCAAAUUAGAUUAAGUAAAUUAAACUGAGUCAUGGGGGGGGGGGGGGGGGGGAUUUAAAAAGAACUGGAAAGGAAAGUUUUUGUUUUGGUUUUUUUCCCCCGUUUAUUGGUGGUUUUGUGAAAUUUAAUUUUGUCUGAGUUUAAUUGGACGGCCGGCCAGUGACAUAAAAAAGCGUGUAAAUAGUGUAUCUGUGUAACAUAUUGUAUAUUCAUCUGAGUAGGUCUGCAGAGGCGGAGAAGGCUGGGGUUCGCUGCUUUUUGGCCGCGGCUAAAGGUGUUAAUUACCUGUAGAUCUAAUGAAUCAUGGUGGGGGCGGGGGGCAGAUCGGGUCACAGGGGGGUGGUCUGUGAUUUAAUACAAAGGUUAACUACAUGAAAAUAUAUUUAUUUGGAAUAAUUAUCGAAACUAAUCAGUUUUAAAAUGUAGAAUGUUUAAACACUAUGGAGAAAAAAAAAAAAAAAAAAAUGCUGUCAGCAGAAUAUUUCUGAUGUGAUUCACCUUGUAAGAUUUUUUUUUUUUUUUUUUUCCUCUUCCUGAUUAAAAUUGAAUGAGCAAAGUAAA